CUGUAUGUUAUAGAUGCUGUAUAUGUUGUAGAUGCUUUCUCUGCUGUAUGUUCUGUAGAUGUGUAAGGUGGUACUGUUUCUGGUGUCUGUUGUCGUGCACCUCUGCUGAUGGAGCAGCAAAAGCAGAAUCACCAAAUAAUUUGUUUGAUCAACUCAACUUUGUUCUGCGAUUUCAGCUUUACCAACGUUAAAGUCUCAUCCAUAUUUGAACGUUAGGGCACAGAAAUGAUGUAAAUUUAUUGUCACCCUCCACCACCCGACACGGACAGAUAAUUGCGUGACUUAACCCGAAUAUAAGUGAUGGAUCAAUUGGUUAUGGAUUACGCCAAACUAAACUUUUACUUUCAACAUGUUUUUUAUUGAUCAGAUAUGGCCCACUGAGCUGUGUAGCUCUUCCUCCGAAGCGAGCUGUUGAUCACAAAUUGUAGCUCGACCAAGUGGUGGCUUCUCAUCGCCUUGAUUUUUUAUGGUAGCCAAAUGAUUCUAAACGCGCGUGUCUACGAUGGAUGAUGUUGACUGUGAACUCUGACUUCGCGUGUCCACCUCGCGUGUCCACCUCGCGUGUUCACCUCUCCCCUUCUCUCCCCCCUCUCUCCCUCGCCACUGCAGUGGUGUACGAGCAUCGGUCUCGGCUGGAGAAGUCGCUCCAGAAGGAGCGCCAGAGCCACAGGCGCACCAAGGACGACUACAGCGCGUUCAAGGUGGCUUCCCGAGAGCAGAUGGAGGUCCAGAAGAAACAGGCGUCGGCGUUAUACCAAGUGGUGAAAACUGAAGUUGAGUUUUUGAAGUCGCAGGGUGGGGAGAUGGAGCGGGAGAUGUCGGAGCGGAGCGGCCGCUGGGAGCGUGACGGAGUGGAGAGAGCGCGCGAGCUGCGUUCGCUGCGGCAGCAGCUGGAGGAGGCGGAGAGGGAACGCGACACGGAAGUGACGAGCCUGCAGGAAACGAUAACCCGAGAGAAAGAGGAGAGUCAGCAGCUGCGCAGGGAAAGGCAGGAGUGCCACGUGUCUCUGCAAGAUGCACAGGUACGUCUGGAGGCGUGCGAGCUGUCGCGGGGCAAGCGAGUGGCACGCGACAUCGCCGCCGAGUUAGAACGGAAUGAAACGAACGCAGCGCGACACGCACAGCGGCACGUGCAGCAAGCCCACGACAUGCUGUCCCUCCAGCAUGAUCAGAUCAAGGAAGUGCUCAAGGAUCAUCAGAAUCAACUGAAAUCUGCAAAGGUCUUGAUUGAAGAGUACAAGCGACUCAAACAAGGGCUCAGGUUCAUGCCUCAGUCACACACCGUGCAGGCACAGGUGACGGAUCCUGCACGCAUGCUCAGGAAGGACAGCCCGCCCGCUCGCUUUGCAGCUGUCAACCAAUCCGAGAUGGAUCGCGAUCGCGAGAGCAACAAUGCCCAACCAGAGGACGGUGGAAACAACGACAACGAUGAUGAUGGUGACGAUGAUGAUGGCAACGACGACCUGGAGGCAAGGCCAUACGUGGUCCGCACGUGAUGUGCAUGCCACCACCGCGGACAAGGAGACGUCACCUGACUCGACAUCACCCCCCCACCCCCGUCCCAUCCGUGGAUCCCAUGGGCGGUGGAAGAGGCAUCGGCUUAAGGCGUCAGGCGUGCGACGGGUGGUUACACGCGGGGGCGUGGCUCAGUAAUCGGGCCUGAGAGUAAACAGCGGUUGGCUAGACGCGGGACCAGGUGCUAGCCAGAUCGGACGAUCGCAGGAGGGCAGGUCUAUGUGUUGCUUUCGCCAACACUUAUGCGCCAAACGCUAAACACAACCUUUAAACACCAACCGUUAAACACAAACCCUUGUACUCUUUGUUUUUUUCGGUAAGUCACGUAGGUAAAAUAAAAUAAAUGAAAAGUAAAUAAAAUCACGACGUUUCGGAGGCAACACAAUCUUCCGUCUUCAGGUGGGACAGUCACUGCAAAAUAGCUGUAUCACUUGAUACAGCAACCCUCACACGCCAACCCUGAAACGCAUAUUUCUUGUGUUAAGGAGUUGCGUUUAAGGGCCAACCCUUAAACGCAAACCCUUAAAUGCAAACCCUUCUGUUUAAGCAUUUACGUUUAAGGGUUGGCUCUUAAACGCAAACCCUAAAACAAAACCCUUUAACGCCAAACCAUUAAACGCCAACUUUAGCACAGCAACCCUUACACAGCAACCUUUACACAGCAACCCUUAAAUGCUAACCCUUAAACGCCAACCCUUAAACACCAACCCUUAAACACCAACCCUUAAACACCAACCCUUGAUCACCAACCCUUAAACACCAACCCUUACAGGCUAACCCUAAUACGUAAAUCCUUGUGUUUAAGGGUUUGCAUUCAGGGGUUUGCUCUUAAACGUAAACCUUUAAACACAACCCUUGAACGCCAACUCUUAAACACCAACCCUUAAACACAACCCUUAAACACCAACCCUCAAACGCCAAACCUUUAACACCCAAUGCUUAAACACCAACCCUUAAACACCAACCCUUAAACACCAACCUUUAAACACAACCCUUAAACGCCAACCCUUAAACACAACCCUUAAACGCCAACCCUUAAACACAACCCUUAAACGCCAACCCAUAAACGCCAACUCUUAAACAAAACCCUUAAUUACAACGCUUAAGCAACAAUGCCAACCAUUAAUCGCCAACAAUAACCUUUAAACGUAAAACCUUUAACGCCAACACUUAAACACCAACCCUUAAACACCAACCCUUAAACGCCAACCCUCAAAUACAACCCUUAAACACCAACCCUUAAACGCCAACUCUAAAACACCAACCCUUAAACGCCAACCCUUUAAAAUCCAACCCUUAAUUAACAACGCUUAAACACCAACAAUUGAAUGCCAACCCUUUAACGUCAGCGCUUAAACUUCAUCGCUUAACCACCAACUCUUCAGCAGCGACUGUGAGCACAGCAGUACCAAGGUCUCGCAGACCACGUCACAAACUUAGCCCAAAACACAAACAUUGCAGCUGGCGUUGCUGUCAUCCUCCCUUGGAGCUUCCAGGGAUCACCGAGAAACAUGCGCGAGCGAUGCUGCGAUGCAAUGUCGAUCUUUGCGAGAUGGGGUGCACCCGACCUCUUCAUAACAUUAACUGCAAAUCCAAGCUAGUCAGAUAUCACCGACAACCUUCGACCGGGCGAUCAGCCAUCAGCUCGACCCGACUUGGUGGCACGUGUUUUCAAAAUCAAGUUGGACGCUCUGAUCAACGAUCUGACAAAACACGGUGUGCUUGGAGAAUCAAAGGUGCACAUCUACACCAUCGAGUUACAGAAGCGGGGCCUUCUGCACGCCCACAUCUUGGUGACUCUGCGAGCUCAGGACAAGUUCACAACUGCCGAAUAGAUCGACCAGUUAGUGUGCGCCGAAAUUCCAACGCGGGACCAUCCACGACUGUGUGAGAUUGUCACGAGAUGCAUGAUGCACGGUCCAUGCGGCGCUGCAAACCUCCGCGCACCCUGCAUGAAUCACGGAAAGUGCAGCAAGGAGUUCCCAAAAGUUGUCAACAACACCAAAAUCCCCAAUGUGAGUGGCUACCCACUCUACCAUUGUCGAUACGCUGAGCAGGCAGAAGUCAGAGAAGUUUCGAUGGACAAUCGAUACGUCGUGCCGUACAACCCCUACUUGAUGCUCAAGUACAAUGCGCACAUCAACGUGGAAGUGUGCAGUUCCUUUCAAGCCAUUAAGUAAAUCUAUAAAUACAACCCUUUAACGGCAACUCUUAAACGCCAACCCUUAAACGCCAACCCUUAAACACAACCCUUAAACGCCAACGCUUAAACGCAAAAUCUGUAACGCCAGCCCUUAAACACCAACACUUAAACACCAACACUUAAACACCAACCCUUAAACGCCAACCCUUAAACUCAAUCCCUGAAACGCAAAUCCUAGUGUUUAAGGGUUUGCAUUCAAAGGUUUGCCCUUAAACGCAAACCCUUAAACACAACCCUUAAACGCCAACCCUUUAUCGCCAACCCUUAAACACCAACCCUUAAUUGCCAAUCCUUGAACGCCACCCCCUUAAAACCAACCAUUUAAACGCCAACCCUUAAACGCUAACUCUAAAACACCAACCCUUAAACGCACACCCUUAAAACGUCAACCUUUAAACUCCAUCCCUUAAACACCAACACUUAAACGCCCAACCUUUAACGCCAAACCCUUACACACCAACUCUUAAACGCCACCCCUUAUGCGCCAACCCUUAACACAACCCUUAAAAGCCAACCCUUAAAAGCCAACCCUUAAACACCAACAAUUAAAACGCCAACACGUAAACGUCAACCCUUCAAUGCCAAACAUUAAACAUCAACCCUGAAACAACAUCCUUUAAACACCUAACCCUUUGAACGCCAACCGUUAAACACCAACCCCUAAGCGCCAAACCUUAAACGCCAACCCAUGAACAGCAACUCUUAAAAAACAAUCUUUAUACAUCAACCCUUAAACACCAACCUUUAUACACCAACCCUUGGACGCCAAACCUUAAACAACAACCUUUAAACACCAACCCUUGAACGCCAACCCUUAAACAACAACCCUUAAACGCCAACCCUUAAACGCCAACACUGAAAUGCCAAAAAUGAAACACCAACUUUUAAACACCAAUCCUUAAACGUCAACCCUCGAACGCCAAACCUUAAUCGCCAACCCUAAAACACCAACCCUUAAACAAAACCCUUAAACACCAACCUUUAAAACGCCAACCUUUAAACGCCAACCCUUCAAUGCCAACCAUUAAACACCAACCCUGAAACAAAAUCCUUUAAACACCUAACCCUUUGAAUGCCAACCCUUAAACACUAACCCCUAAACAUCAACCCUUGAACGCCAACCCUUAAACGCCAACCCAUGAACAGCAACUCUUAAAAAACAAUCUUUAUACAUCAACCCUUAAACACCAACCUUUAAACACCAACCCUUGAACGCCAAACCUUAAACAACAACCUUUAAACACCAACCCUUAAGCGCCAACCCUUAAACGCCCACACGUAAACACGAACCCUUAAACAAGAACCCUUAAACGCCAACCCUUAAACGCCAACACUGAAAUGCCAACAAUUAAACACCAAGCUUUAAACACCAACCCUUAAACGUCGACCCUCGAAUGCCAAUCCUUAAUCGCCAACCCUAAAAGACCAACCCUUACAGGCUAACCCUAAUACAUAAAUCCACGUGUUUAAGGGUUAGCGUUCAAGGGUUUGCUCUUAAAUGCAAACCUAGACACAACCCUUGAACGCCAACCCUUAAACACCAACUCUUAAGCGCCAAUACUUAAACACCAACCUUUAAACACAACCUUUAAACGUCAACCCUUAAACGCCAACCCUUA